GGAGGCCAGGCCCAGGAAGCGGCCCUCCUCGGGCGGAUGCGUCGCGGGUAGGGAGGAGGCCUGGGCCCGGCGAAGAUGGUGCUGGUGCGGCUCCUCCUGCUGCUGGGCUCCUGGGCGGCCGGCGCCGGAGGUCAAUAUGGAAACCCUUUAAAUAAACACAUAAGACAUUACGAAGGAUUGUCAUACGAUGUGGAUUCAUUACACCAAAAACACCAGCGUGCCAAAAGAGCAGUAUCUCAUGAAGACCAAUUUUUACGCCUAGAUUUUCAUGCUCAUGGAAGAUAUUUUAACCUUAGAAUGAAGAGAGACAUGUCCCUCUUUAGUGAUGACUUCAAACUAGAGAUGUCCAAUAAAGUACUUGAUUAUGAUACCUCUCACAUUUAUACGGGGCACAUUUAUGGUGAACAGGGAAGCUUUACCCACGGAUCUGUUAUCGAUGGAAGAUUUGAAGGAUUCAUCCGGACACACAGUGGUACCUUUUACAUCGAGCCAGCCGAAAGAUACAUCAAGGAUAGAGCCCUGCCUUUUCACUCAGUCAUGUAUCAUGAAGAUGAUAUUAGAUACCCACAUAAAUAUGGACCGCAGGGUGGCUGCGCAGAUCAUUCUGUGUUCGAAAGAAUGAAGAGGUACCAAAUGACCGGCGUGGAAGAGCCAGCGAGCCAGAAACCUUUAGAAGAACCUGCCAAGCCGGGCCCUGAGCGGUUGAGGAGGAAGCGAGCCACGCAGGCGGAGAAGAACACUUGCCAGCUCUACAUCCAGACGGACCAGCUGUUUUUCCGAUAUUACGGCACGAGGGAAGCUGUGAUUGCGCAGAUAUCAAGCCAUGUUAAAGCCAUUGACACAAUUUACCAGUCAACAGAUUUUUCAGGAAUCCGGAACAUCAGUUUUAUGGUGAAACGAAUACGGAUCAACACGACCCAAGAUGAGAAGGAUCCUUCCAAUCCCUUCCGCUUCCCUAACAUCGGCGUGGAGAAGUUCCUGGAGCUCAAUUCGGAGCAGAACCAUGAUGACUAUUGCCUGGCCUACGUGUUCACGGACCGGGACUUCGAUGACGGCGUCCUGGGAUUGGCCUGGGUUGGAGCCCCAUCCGGGAGCUCGGGUGGAAUCUGUGAAAAGAGCAAACUUUAUUCUGACGGCAAGAAGAAGUCUUUGAACACCGGCAUCAUCACCGUGCAGAAUUACGGCUCCCACGUCCCUCCCAAAGUCUCUCACAUCACCUUUGCGCAUGAAGUUGGACAUAACUUUGGCUCUCCACACGACUCUGGAACAGAAUGCACUCCAGGGGAAUCGAAAAACUUGGGCCAAAAGGAAAAUGGCAAUUACAUCAUGUACGCGAGAGCCACGUCUGGCGACAAGCUGAACAACAACAAGUUCUCUCUGUGUAGCAUUCGGAAUAUCAGCCAAGUGUUGGAGAAGAAGCGGAACAACUGCUUUGUCGAGUCUGGCCAGCCCAUCUGCGGGAACGGCUUGGUGGAGCAAGGAGAGCAGUGCGAUUGUGGCUACAGCGACCAGUGCAAAGACGAAUGUUGUUUUGACGCAAACCAGGCAGAAGACAAGAAGUGCAAGUUGAGGCCGGGCAAGCAGUGCAGCCCCAGCCAAGGACCCUGCUGCACGGCCCAGUGCGAGUUCCGGAGGCAAGGAGCCAAAUGCCGGAAUGACUCCGAAUGUGCCGAGGAAGGGAGAUGCAACGGCAACACCUCUUUCUGCCCGACCUCUGCCCCAAAGCCCAACUUGACUGACUGUAACCGCAACACACAAGUCUGCAUCAACGGCCAAUGUGCUGGUUCCAUCUGUGAGAAGUACGGCUUGGAAGAAUGCACGUGUGCGAGCUCUGACGCAAAGGACGAUAAGGAGCUGUGCCACGUCUGUUGCAUGGAGAAAAUGCGCCCAGACACAUGUGCGAGUACAGGAUCCGUUAAAUGGAAGGAGUACUUCAGCAGCAAAACCAUCACCUUGCAGCCCGGAUCGCCCUGCAACGAUUUCAAAGGCUACUGCGACGUCUUCAUGAGGUGCCGGUUGGUGGAUGCGGACGGCCCCUUGGCCAGGUUAAAGAAAGCCAUUUUUAAUCCCGAGCUCUACGAAAACAUCGCAGAAUGGAUCGUGGCACACUGGUGGGCGGUCCUGCUGAUGGGCAUCGCUCUGAUCAUGUUGAUGGCCGGCUUCAUCAAAAUCUGCAGCGUUCACACGCCAAGCAGCAACCCCAAGCUGCCCCCUCCGAAGCCCCUUCCAGGCACUUUGAAGCGCCGGAGACCGCCCCCGACGACUCAGCCUCCGCCCCGCCAGCGGCCCCGGGAGAGUUACCAGAUGGGCCACAUGAGACGCUGAGCACGCUGCUUGUUGCCUUGGUUCUUCCUAGUGCCUACAGUGGGAAAAAUUUCACUCCAAAGAAAACCUGCGUUUUAAGUCACUGUCCCCCGGUCUGACUUCCAACUCUCAAAGCAGGGGGAGAGAAAGGCAGGGAGGAGGCGGGCUUUCCCGGAAGCCCUUCAGUGCCCGUCUUCCCCUGCUUACAAGAGAUGCAGCUGCUGGAGCGGCAGGAGGUCUGAAGCACCGUGGCUUUUCUCUCCCCUCGGCUCUCUUCACGGUUGCCUUUUCACUCGCAGGCAGGCGUGGCUCUCGUGGAACUUCCGUUCACAACCCCGAAUGAUUAUUAAAAGUCUCUAUUUUUCAACUGUCCAGGCUUAGGAAGGCAGCCCACCUCAACGUUGGAGACGUUACUUUGCCAGUGUACAUAAAUUGUUAUAUGCAGACAUUGUAUUUCUAAUGUACACCCGUACUUGUGUGUGCAAUUGUAAAACAAGAACAUUGCAAUAUGGAUGUUUCUUUGUAUUAUAAACCUUCUGCGCUCUUAAUGAAGAAAUUACUGUUUAAUCGACAUACUCAGGAUAACAGAGAUGGGUGGUGUAUAAAAGGCCAGGAUUCUGUGCGGCUUUAGGGGCAGGAAUUGUGAAUCAAAUCCAGUUCUUUCUUUCUUUUUUAAUUGUAUCUAUAAUACGGUCAGAAUUAGCGCAAAUGCUGGUUCUGGCCCUGAAAGCCAGGGGGCUGCUCCUGGGCUGGGUGGGGAGGCAGGCAAGGGGGUGACUUGUGCAGGAAAUGGGCCUUCUGGAUUGGGCCCUUCGCCUCGUCACGCUGCCGCUGUCCUGGGGAUGGCGUCGGCCUGAAAGUCCCCCCCCCCCCCCCCCCGUGUGGAUUUUUACGAAAACUGUCUGGCUUCUGAGAGCUCUCUGCACAGAAGUAUUUUCAAAAAGAAAGACUCUCUCCGCCUAUGAUUCUUAUUCUGUUAAGCGAUCAAUUUUUCUUUUCCAGGCUUUGGUAGAAAGAUAAUGUCUUUUGUUAUAUUUUUCCUCAUACAGUCGGUAGCUGGUUUUCUUUUGAUAAGCUGAUCGUCUUAAUGCGUGGUAAUUAAGUUCCCGGUUCUGACAAACCUGGGAGAGAUGAAAAAAAACUGUGUGGAUAAUGAUUUUUUUUUUUUAAUUUUAACAAGUAUUUUGGUAACCUCUCAGCAUGACACUGUUGUUGUUUUUUUUGUUUUUUUUAAAGAUAACCACUAAAACAAAUGUAUUGAUGGUGGCUGCUGCUGCCAAAGCCGGAUGAACUUGGUGGAAGGCGGGAAGGGGCUGGCUGGGAAGGCUUUGAGAGAGGCCAAGGGUAGCUUAAAACAGCAGGAUGCGUUCCUGUCCCAUCCCCCCCCCCCCCGAGCUUCUAUGACCAGUGUAAAUAAUUGGCAUUUUACAAGAGAAAAAUCAAAAGCAAUGUUUUGCGAUAGGCUUUACUGCUAUGCAGGAAAUGGAAGAGGGCAUUAUUUGAGCUUGUGAUCCGCUGCUUCUGUUUUUCCAAAAGCAAUGAGCUAAUUAGGGAGGCCACUGGCGAUGAUAGUAUUUCUGGCUUUGCUUGAGAAUCAGAUUGAUGAAGGGUUCAGGCAGGUCUGUGUGGUUUUGGGUUCCGCCCCCCCCCCCCCCCUUGUUCUUUUGGCUUAGUUUUUUUUUAUUCCCAAGAGUAUAAGGUUUACACACACGCAUUCUCACAAUGUACGCAAGCCAGCAAGGCCAAAAAUGUUAGAGAAUACAAUGGGAUCUCUUCCUUGUAAAACUUGUACAGUACGUGGUGACUUUUUUCAAAAUACAGCUUUUUUGUACAUGGUUUAGAGACGAAAUUUUGUACACGAGAACCCCUCCCCUUGCCCAAGACCAAGAGACUAAAUAAUUCUAAAGGCUCUUAACUAGUUAGCAGAUCUCUCGUUGUUGCUUUUAAACACAUUUUAAAAUGCAUUUGGGUUUGCUUUCUGUUUUCCAGACUGUGCGAAAGACUGAAAGCCAGGUUUGCAUUUCUAAAAACGGUGACUUUUAUUCUGCAAGAGUUCUUAGUAACUUCUUGAGCGUGGUAGAUCUUAUGGGACAUGUAAAUUCUUUGCUUGUCAUGUUAUCCUGUGACUUGGGUGAUUGGCAGACAGCUGGCCACCCUGACGGAUUUUUUGGGGGGGGAGGGGAGGAGUCCAAGUUGAAAUGUUUUCUGCAAAAGACAAAACUGCACUGAACUCUCCGCUCUUAAGUCAAAAUGUGGUAAAUUGAAAACUAAACAUCCAGAGAAAUGGCGAUCUAAUACUGCUGUCAGUUUAAUGUCCACUGUGUUUUAUACAGUAUCUUUUUUUCUGUUCACUUUGGAAAUUUUUACUAAAAAGUUGCAAAAAAAAAAAUAAAGUAUUGUGCAAAGAAAUGUAAGGUUUUUUGAAACUUGAAAAUGCAUUAAUAAAUAGACUUGAUGAAAUCA